GUUAUGUCCGGAAGAGAAGGUGGUAAGAAAAAGCCGCUAAAAGCGCCGAAAAAAGAUUCAAAAGAUUAUGACGAAGAGGAUGUAGCGUUUAAACAGAAACAAAAAGAGCAAGCUAAAGCUAUGGCAGAUGCGAAGGCUAAGGCGGCCCAAAAAGGGCCGUUAACUAGUGGUGGGAUAAAAAAGUCCGGGAAGAAGUGACCUAAAGAAGAAAUGGGGGUGCUUGCUGAUGUUUUUUUUAUUGCGUGAUGUAUAUUACAGUUUUUUUUUCUCAAUUUUUAAAAUAGAAAUCAUU